AAGAAAGCCCAUGAACAUGAAAGAAAACCUUCAUCAGUACAGGACAGAGCAAUACUAUACUGUACUUAGUGUGUUGUGGAGGUAGGCAGGCAAGGAGGCAGAGCGGAUGAAUUCGACCCACGGAACGAAGGAUUGAAGAAUCAAUUGUCGACUGAGGCCACGCCCACAGCUCAGCGGGCCAGAAAAUUGCCUGCGGGAGUGAGAGCAUUGCACCGACUGGAGAAAGAGAAUCAGUCAUGCCUGCCACUCCACUUCAAGCCUUCUCCAUCGUGGCUGGAUUCUCAGCUCUGUCUGCGUGGUACGGCUACAUGUUUGGCAAGGAAUCGGCACGCAAGGAGCUGGAGGAGAGGAUCAACGAGUUAAGGGAUCUGAACAACAGGUUGAAGAAUGGCGUCGAUGUCAAGUGAUUGAGAGAGAGAAAUAGAGGUAGAGAGAUGUCUCGCAGUGGCUCAAGCAGGGUUACCAUCAGCCGGUCAGCGAACCUAGGACCUCAUCGCCUUCCAAUGUCGACAUCUACUCACGAGGAGGCAAGCCCUCGAAAAACAGCAGGCGCCGGUGAUGAGAGCAGAGAAGGUUCUCAAUCACUUGGGAUACAGUCGAAGAUUGGCCUGGUGCUGUGAAGCAACUUUGAUCCUUGCAUCUGUCUGCCCUUGGCUUGGAUCGAGGGAGGACGUAAUGCUCAUAAUCUAUUGGACCUCGAGGAUGAGUGUUGCUCUUCUGCGUAAAUGAUCGGAAAUCUCUAUUCCUCGGUUGAGCUGACAGGCGGUGAGUUGAGUAGGCAGUGGCGUCCUGUAUUAGUUUAGCGACCUGAGGAGGUUUGAUUCAACUCUUCGCUCUUUUGUGCAAGUUUGUUGUCCGUGGUUGCGUGGAGUUGUCCUUUAACUGAAUAGAAUGCACGGCAUUCUAGUUUAAGAGCUUAUUUCUCCUCUGAAGGUUUUAAAGCUCUGUUUCUCUAUAACAUGAUGAUGCAUAACAGUGAUGCGAUGACUUGAUGGACACAAUGCUACGGAAGAAUCUUGACCCAGAAAACUAGCAUAUGGAUCUUGGGGAUUCACUAGCGAUCUCAUUUUUUAAAGCGUAUUAGAGGUUGACGUCGAAGCUGUAGAUCGACAUGUUUCGCAACUAAGCUGAGGCUAAAAUUGAAAUUCUCGAGGUUAGUACUUAGCUGCUUGAUUAUGCUUAACUAGAUCCACACAGAUGUGAAGUUGAUAUAUUGUUGCAUAUUUCUUUCAUAUCAUGAUUGAAAACUUGAGAAAUGAAAGUAAGGUACGAAAGUCUUCAUUC